AUGCAGAAAAUCAUUGAUGAAAAGAAGCGCCAACGAACUACCUCAGUAGGCAGCCUGGACGGGAUGGUGAUCACACGUGACAACGAGCUUGUUGCUGCCCCACCUCUCUCUAGUCUUAAUUCUUCUGCGAGCGGCCAUUGCCCGAGCUUCUCGAAGACUUUCGUGAUGCAUAACCUUGGCCAGCUAUUAUCACCAGCAGCGCAGGUUAGUCCAGCGGCAGUUCCUGUCACAGAUACAAUGCCUCCUUCGAUCGCAGAGGUCGGAGGUCAAAAGUCUCCAUGCCAUAAUCAAGUAGGUAAUCAGCCCAUUCCAGCCUUAGUUGAAUCCAUCAUUUCUGCAUGCCUGGGAGCUCCCGCCGUUAUCACAGAUAUCGCAUCCUCCAGGCCUUCAACUCAAAUCAGUGUCAACAGCCCAAUUGCCGCUGUAAAUGAGGUUCAACGAGGACUUACAGCUAAGCCUGCCAAGGAAGGUGAUAGCAAUAGAGAACAUGAACAAAUUGAGCAGUGCGUGGGAGACGCAGAGGACGGAGAAGUCACCGUAAAGCCUGAUUUAUCAGUGUCAUUACCAUCUGAUAGACAGAAUCUUCAAAAUAGCUUACUUGGGUAUCUUCUUUCUUCUGCCUCUUAA